CUAAGAGAGGAAAGAGGAGAAAGUUGAAAGGUGUUGUGAACUCUUCUCUGCUCUUUCUCUCUCUUUGUACCCCAGUUUUACUCCGCCUCCGAAUAGGCCAAGCUAGCCGCUGCUGCCGUGAUCGGAAAAGAAAGCGGAAUCUUCGAGACUUAAAAUUAUGGCCAAAGUUGAAGGUGAUAGCAAGGAGCCAAUGAACGAGCAAGCCGUUGCAAAUAUAUACGCUUCCAUGAGGACAGAAAUAAACCAAAUUUACUCCAAAAUCACUGAACUGGAGAUGGAGGUUAGUGAGCAUUCACUCGUGAUCAAUGCCAUAAAACCACUUGAUCCAUCCAGACGGUGCUACCGUAUGAUUGGAGGUGUUCUUGUCGAGAGAACUGUUAAAGAAGUUCUGCCAGCCGUCCAGCGAAACAAGGAGGGGCUUGAAGAAGUAAUUUCCCGGCUUACUGAAGCCCUGGAAAAGAAGAAAAAGGAGGUAACUGAAUUCGAGGCCAAGUACAAAAUCCGAAUCAGAAAGGGGGACGGUGAAAUGAAGGAUGAGAGCAGCAAGAAGGAAGGGAACGCACAGGGAGUCCUUGUUGGUCCCGCCGGUGCUAAUGAAUAGCUAUGAAAUUAUGUUCUUUAUACUGUCAUAUGUUGUGCUAUGGCAUAACACUUGAUGUGAUUGCAAUGUCUGGAUGCAGAUCAUUUUCUAGUGUCUCCUGUUUGGACUUUUGUAGAUGGACCUGGAAAUUGAUCUGUCAUGUUUCCAUGUUGAAUGGUUUCUUCAUCAAGAAUUAGGGGACCUUAACCAAACACAUGUUUUGAUCAGGAAUCAGUAGUCCCGGAGCUGAUCAAAUUUGCUUUUAUUAUGUUCUA